AUGACAUUAAAGUAUAAUUAAUUAUUUUUGGAAUACUAAUAAAUCCGAAUCGGACAACGAGGCAAUACCGACGCGCGUGGAGAACAUGCGCUUUGUUUGGCGUCAUGGACAAUGUAAGAAAACGAAGUAUGAUGGUGAUCGAUGAGCAUUCAGCUGAGACGCCGAAUUUCGUAAAAAUACGGCAUAUGAGAAGACCACACCUCCAUCUUAACCAUUCGCCUUCUCCCUGAAAUCACUCCCUAGAUUCUCUCCAUUCCAUUCCUUCAACUUCUCCCUCUCUCUAUAUACACUGAUACUUGUCUCCCGCGGCGGCGAUUCCCCAUGUCGGAAACGAAGUUCUUCGACGCUGCGGCCGCGACGGAGUUGGUGAAGGAACUUAGAGCUAUUUUUAUCUCCGGCAACACUCGGAGCUAUGAGUGGAGAGUAUCACAGCUUGAGAGCCUCUUGAAGCUCUGCGUUGACCAUGAGGAAGAUAUUUGCGAUGCGCUUCGCUCUGACCUCUCCAAGCCUGCCUUGGAGUCCAUUAUUCACGAGAUAGGUAUGGUAAAAGGUUCGUGUAAAUUGGCAAUUAAAGAAAUAAGAAAUUGGAUGAAACCAGAGAAGGUUCAAACUACAAUUACCAGUUUUCCUUCAACUGCUGCAAUUGUACCAGAACCUUUGGGUGUUGUGCUGAUCAUUUCUCCUUGGAAUUAUCCAUUCUUUUUAUCUCUUGAUCCAGUUAUUGGAGCAAUAGCAGCUGGUAAUGCCGUGGUUCUAAAGCCAUCAGAAAUUUCUCCAGCAACAUCAUCUUUAAUUGUAAAACUUUUUGAGAAGUAUUUGGAUACGUCUGCUGUAAAAGUUGUCGAGGGUGCUAUUCCCGAAACUAAUGCUUUGCUGGAGCAAAAGUGGGACAAGAUAUUUUACACAGGCAACGGUAGAGUGGGGCGUAUAGUUAUGGCAGCUGCUGCCAAGCACCUUACUCCAGUUAUUUUAGAGCUCGGAGGAAAAACUCCAGUAGUAGUUGAUUCAAAAAUCAAUUUACAAGUUGCCUGUAGACGGAUUAUAUCUGGGAAGUGGGGUGGUAACAAUGGACAAGCUUGCGUUGCUCCUGAUUACAUCAUAACUACGAAAGAAUUUGCUCCAAAAUUGGUGGAGUCAUUGAAACAAGAAUUGGAGAGAUUUUAUGGAAAGAAUCCAUUGGAAUCUAAAGAUAUAUCUCGCAUUGUGAAUGCUAACCACUUUAAUCGCGUGACCAAACUUUUAGAUGAUGAUGAAGUUUCUAGCAAGAUCGUUCAUGGAGGCCAAAAGGACAAAACCAAAUUACAGAUUGCUCCCACCAUCUUAUUGGAUGUCCCUCGAGAUUCUUUGAUCAUGACGGAAGAGAUUUUUGGUCCCUUGCUUCCCAUUAUCACGGUAGACAAGUUGGAGGAUAGCUUCGAAAUAGUGAAUUCAGGCACAAAGCCGCUAGCAGCAUAUUUAUUUUCCAACAACAAAAAGCUCAAGGAACAGUUUGUGGCUUGUAUCUCUGCAGGAGGUGUGGUUAUCAACGACACCACCAUACAUCUAGCAGUUAGCACACUACCAUUUGGAGGAGUUGGGGAGAGUGGAAUGGGAGCUUACCAUGGGAAGUUUUCAUUUGAUGCAUUUAGCCAUAAGAAGGCUGUUCUUUAUCGAAGUUUCGUGGGUGACGUGCCAAUGCGAUACCCGCCUUACACCGAUGGAAAGCUAAGAUUUCUUAAAGCUCUUCUUGGAGGUGGCAUCUUGGAACUCAUUCGUGCUCUUCUUGGUUGGUCGUAAGCGGGAAACCACUUCGUGUAUCUCCAAGCUCAUUGUUUCUCCUCCCAACAAUGGUACUGGAAUGGUGCAACCAGUUAGAGCUUUCAAUAGAGGGAUCUCCACCAUUAACUCCAAGUCAUCGCCUUCUCUUUUGAAAUAUGAGUGUCGUUUUUCAGCUAUCACAAACGACGUGUCCGCUGGAUAACUCCCUGCCCUCUCAUUCCCGGUUCCUCCUUCAAAUGUUAUCUUUGUCCCCUUUCUCCACCCUGGCUUUACUUUUAUUGUCAAUGUUUCUUCUUCCUCCAUCGCUUGCCUAUCCAUUAUAAUAUCCAUUAUCUAUAUUUUAAUAAUAUUCCUUAAGAAUACAUCAUCCA